UAAAUCACCAAACUAUCAUCAAUUCCAAGGGCAACCCUUUCUUUCGCACAUUACAAUUAAAAACCAAAUUCCAGUAAAUCCCAAACUAAAUUACAAAGCUAAAAUGAAUUCCAACUACAAAAAAUUAUGAUUCAUGCAAUCCUUGUAUCCAAAGUCCUCAAACAUACCAACACCAAUUCAGACACCAAUUCCGACAUCAAUUCCGAUAGCAAUCCCGGCACCAAUGUCCUAUCUGAUUCCUCAACCAAUGUCUCCGCGCCAUUUCUCCCACUAAACUUUCUCUAGACAGCCGUAAGUACAAUUACAUUGAAUCAGCCGCUUUUAUAAUCAUUCCGCGCGAUCGCUGACGCGUCUCGUUUGCAAUUCAAUUUUGACAGAGUCGCGUGUCACUCGAUCCACUUGACUUCCCGGCACAAUAAUUGCCCGGCACUGGAACAAACACUUACACUCAAUUUACCGUUUAACCGAAUCGAAAACGAGGCGAACACCGGGCUUUGGCCACUGUUUCAGUUCGUUUUUCGACGUCUUUCGAUCGCCACUCGCGGCUCAGCAACCGUCGAUCCUCGAUCUUCCUUGCUCCCGCGACCACUCUGCUGGAGGCACGGAAGCAGCAUGAACGGCUGCGAGAUGAAGGACUCGAAGAUUUCGAGCAAUUCUAUUGGACCUAACGAAUCGACAAGGUUGAGGCCGAAACUGGAAGACUUUGACGACGUUCUGCCCUAUGUCGGGGAUUACGGCAGGUACCAGUGGCUGCUACUGCUGUCGUUGUUGCCUUAUGGCAUCACCUACGCCUUCUUGUACUUCUCGCAAUUCUUCAUCACUAUUAUCCCGAUCGAACACUGGUGCUUGGUAGACGAGCUGGUGAACACGAAUCUCACUCGGGAAGAAAGGGUUCGAAUAGCGAUUCCACGAACGAACGACUACCCUUAUUACGACCAGUGUCACCGGAAGGACUUGAACUUCGCGGAGAUGCUGAAGAGCGGGAAGGAUCUACGCUCGUUCGAGUUCCAGACGAACAAAACGGUGGAAUGUACUCGAUGGGAAUACAAUUUCACGCAGAUUCCGUAUCCCAGUAUAGGAACUGAGCUAGAUUGGGUAUGCGACCGAGAAUACCUGAUAUCAUCGGCGCAGGCCAUCUUCUUCUGCGGCUCCAUCGUCGGCGGAUUCCUCGUCGGCUGGAUCGCGGAUCACAAGGGUCGCAUCCCAGCUCUCAUGUUCUGCAACACCAUCGCCCUUUUCAGCUCCAUAGCCACUGCCAGUGCCAAUAGUUUCUGGUCCUUCGCUAUCUGCAGGUUUCUCACCGGGAUCGCGUUCGACAAUUGCAUCAACAUUCCCCUAAUCAUCGUAUUGGAGUACAUGGCAGUGUCUAAACGCACUUUGGUAGUCAACGUCGCGUUCGGGGUAUAUUUCGCGGUGGCCAGCACGAUUUUACCAUGGAUAGCGUACUAUAUCUCGAACUGGAGGUAUUUCGCUUACGUCACAGCCAUACCGCUCUUAUCAGUCGCCAUCACGCCAUGGAUACUGCCGGAGAGUGCUCGGUGGUACGUUUCCAAUGGGAUGACGGACAAGGUUGUGGAGAAGCUCCGAAGAAUUGCCAGGAUCAAUCGCAAGAAUCCGGACUUGCGUAUUUACGAUGCAUUCGUCAGCAAUCUGGAGUCGUCGGACGCUGUGCAGGAAACAGCAACGGUGAUCGACCUGUUCAGAUCGCCCCGGCUAGCCAAGAACACCAUUCUCCUGGUGCUAUUCUGGUCUCUCACCGUGAUCUCGUUCGAUGGCCACGUGUACUCGCUGAAACUUAUCCAGAGCUCGGUCUUCGUGUCGUUCUCGUUGGCCUGCUCCACGGAACUUCCGGCCGGGUUCCUGCUCGCCCUGGUGCUCGAUCGAUGGGGUCGCAGGGUCUGUGGGUUCCUCACCCUGUCGCUCACCUGCAUCCUCAGCAUCGCCGAAUUGCUCUUCAGUUCUAUGAUGGCUAAAUUAGCGAUGUCAGUGAUGUCGCGGUUCUGUUUAAACAUGGCGGCCAACGUAGGUCUUCAGUAUGCAGCAGAACUACUGCCAACUCCAGUUAGGUCGCAGGGUGUGUCUUUGAUUCACAUUUUUGGAAUAAUCGCACACACUCUGGCGUCGUACAUCACCGAUUCGGCCGCAAUUUGGGAGGAAUUUCCAAUGCUGAUCAUCAGCAUCUUAUCUUUCAUUGGCGCCACAUUCGUUUUGUUCCUUCCGGAAACUUUGGGCCAGAACCUUCCUCAGACGAUCAAACAAGGCGAGGAAUUCGGAAGGGACCAAAAUUUCUGGUCGUUACCGUGUUACAAGAAGUCGCAAUACGAUGGGCAUCCGCAUUAUCACUCAUGCGAACAAUAGCGAUUGAAUUUUUCAAUCGCGAACUCGAUUAAAACACGAGAGAAGAAGGGAAACGGAUGAAGAAUCAGGUUGAAAGUACCAUUAUGCUAGGACUAGCCUGACGAUUUUUCUACGCGAAAAUCUUACCUGUCAUUUCUGUAUUCUUGCGCUAAUUUUUUACUCUUAUCUCUUAUCUCUAAGUAAUCGUAAUUACUCUUUAAUCGUGCCUCGUGACGAGCGAAGCAAGAACAAACUUAGAAAUCGUGUUCCUAUACAGUUUUUAUUGUUACCAUUUAUCUUAAGAGCUUUUAUAAUUUUAAUUCUAAUUUCCAAUCGCAAUUAUAAUAAACCUAAUUAAAUUUACGAAUUUAAUUACGAAUGCAGAUACUUCGUUUUUCAGUGUCUCUAAAAUUCUUUGAAGCAAAAUAUACUCGAUGAAGUAUCGUUUGGAAAAUCGAGAAUGAUCGAUAACGUUCGAAUAACAUUACCAAAUAAACAGAACAAGCGUUACAUAUUUUAAACAACGACUAUCCACGAAAAUCUUCUCUUUCUCAGAGUCUCCCAUUUGUAUUACAUCCAAAAAUCAUUAAUACUAAUCAGAACGCAGGGAUUUUAGUUGUCGUUGAAACUCUUCAUCGAGUACCAACUGCGGGACAUGUCUCUAGACACAUUAUAGCUCAAACGUAUGUACACUUAACGUAAAUAGAGCCUAAUCUGUUCGUACGAUUCGAGAAAAAAGAAAAAGAGAAUAAAGAAGGAUGUUUGUAACAAAUUAUCAUCGUAGAACAUCGCAUGAUUGAUCAACGUCCAACGUUGUUGUGGCAGUAACAACGCGAUCGACGUUACUGAUCGAUGAGACACACCUGGUUUACCUGGUUUACGCGUAUUCGCGAUCAUCCUUCUACAUCGCUCACGCGUUCACGGGACUGAUUUACGGAACAAAGGUCCCUGAAAACACGAUCUAAGAAAUAAUUCUGUUUCUUUAUUUUCUCACACACGUCGUGACACCCUCCGCACAAAGAUAAACGCUAAAUGUCUAUAAUUAAAUACAUCAAUGAUCGGCGAUCACCGUUCACGACUGUACACCUAGCCUGGCUCUGUCUUACGAUUAGAAGCUUCACAAAUAACGAUCACAUAAGUUAUUACGUUAUUAUUAACGUAUCAAACGUGAAUUCUCUAGUCCGAGAUUUCCGAAUCUCGAACGAUCGAAUCGUCGAUCACACCGUGUCACGAUGAUCGAACUGAUUCUUCUUGCACCCUUCUCGCUACGCGACGUUGCAGGAUCGAUCGGUUACUUAUGUACAAGUCAAUUUGCAGCGAGGAAGAUCCGGCAGGAUCUUAAACUCCGAGAAACGAUCGAAGGUGUCAGCACAGAAGAGUAAGAUCGGUGUUCAUACUACGAGUUUCAAUCGCUGGUUCUCGAAUAGGGGACCGAAAGCGGGGACUAGUCUCAUAAGUACGCGAGUGACUAACGAUCGGAUGAUCGUAACUGCCAAGAAUCAUGGUUGAACGGUGCAAACGUAGAUCGAGCAUUUAGGGCGAAGAUCUUAGGGAGAAUUUGGCUAUUAAAAAUUUCGCUAUUCACGGCCGAGUUCGCGACGGAGUUUCGAUCAGCUCGAGACAACGUUCAAACCUGAGCGUUUAUGGAAAUUCGUGAAUUAAUUAACUCUAAUUGGAACUAGUCAUUUGAACAUGGUUCACGACUGGUCGACGACCCGUUGCGUUUAUUGGUGCUCUUCGAUUUAAUACUGAAGCAGAGCGGAGAACAUAGGAGCUGAAGAAUUUGGAUCUCGUUUGAGGAUCGUGGCGAGUCGCGAUCUCGAGGAUCUCGCGCCGUUGGACGUGUCCGGAAAUGGAAGAUGAAGAAUCGCGUUGGUCGAACGCAAGUACUUCGGUUUAAGAGUCGAUCGAACCUCUCGACUCGGGCCUCCACGACUUCUGAGUCAACUAUAGAUACAAAGACGGUUCGCAGUAAACGAGACAAGUUGACAGCUCGACGAUAGGCGAGGAAGACGGUCCUUUGUCAUUCGCGGGACGCGAAGCAACUCGGGUAAAGCUACGAUCUCUCCUUGCUUCGCUGUUCGUCGAAAUUUCCACGAUAUUGAUCAGAAAAAAAGAA